CUCAAGCAGCAGAGCUGUGGGUCCACUGUGAAGAAAGAACUUCAUUGCCAUCAUGAACUUCACUGGAAAGUACCAACUGCAGAGCCAGGACAACUUUGAGCCCUUCAUGAAGGCAAUUGGUGUGUCUGAUGACCUCAUCCAGAAGGGCAAGGACCUCAAGAGUGUGUCAGAAAUCGUGCAGAAUGGGAAGCAUUUCAAGCUCACCAUCACCACAGGGUCCAAAGUGAUCCAGAAUGAGUUCACCUUGGGGGAGGAGUGUGAGCUGGAGACCAUGAAUGGGGAGAAAGUCAAGACAGUGGUGAAGAUGGAAGGUGACAAUAAAUUAGUGACAACCAUCAAAAACGUCAAGUCUGUGACUGAACUCAACGGCGACACAAUCACCAAUACCAUGACACUGGGUGACAUUGUCUUCAAGAGAGUCAGCAAAAGAAUGUAGACCAACUGCAACUCAUCUUCUUUUACUGUGUAAAAUUAAUGUAGCAAAGUAAACUUUGUUUAAAAACUAUUGCUUCUUCUUGGUA